UAUGUGACCAUUAUGAGCAGCAGAGUCUGCAAGAAACUUGUGUUUUGCUGUUGGUUAUCUGGAUUGUUGAUCAUAAUCUCCCCCCUUAGUCUAGGACUAACUCUGACGUUCUGUGAUUCAAAUGUUAUUGAUCAUUUUCUCUGUGAUGCUUCUCCUCUCCUGAAGAUUUCAUGUUCAGAUACACGGUUUAUGGAGAAAACUGUUUUAACCUGUGCAGUACUGACUCUCAUCUUGACCCUUGUGUGUGUAGUUCUCUCCUAUGCUUAUAUCAUUAAGACAAUUUUAAGAUUUCCAUCUGUCCAGCAAAGGAAGAGAGCCUUUUCCACCUGUUCAUCACACAUGAUUGUGGUGUCCAUCACUUAUGGAACAUGUAUGUUCAUCUAUAUGAAUCCUACAGCAAAGGAAGAAGUGACCAUUAAUAAAGUGGUAGCACUCCUCAUUUCUUCUAUUUCACCUAUGUUAAAUCCAUUUAUUUAUACCCUGAGAAAUAAGCAAGUGAAGAAUGCUUUCAAGGACUCAAUCAAAAGAAUGGCAUCAUUCUUAAAGAAAUAUAACUAA